AUGUCGAUCAAGCCGCCUGUUCCGAAACCAAGAACUCGUUUCAAUGUGGGUGUUGAGACGCCAGUAAGCCCUUCACUUGCUCGUCAAAAGGAACUUAACGACAGCAAUGUUAUUGAUGGUAUCAAUAACCUUGAACUGCGGUCGGAUUCAAUUUGCUCCUCCCUCGAAGGUACUUCUGGUGGCACAAGCUCUUCUCGAUGCACCUCUGGUACUGCGUCGCCACAUCGUUCAGCACCACCACCUCCACGUCCUCCUCCACCAUCAGUACAUCCUACUUCGCCGUCAGUGCAUCCUCCUCCACCGUCUCAAUGCCCGCCACCACCGAAGCCGCGACCAAGUCGACCGCCCCCACCAGCACCAGGAUGGAAGGUUCCCCUCGAGACUGUGCUUCCACCACUGUGUAUGCCUUCUCCUCCACCGCCAGAUGCAGGAGGUCAAUACAGCUCUUCUCCUGUCUCUACUCCGUCUCCACCUAUACCUCCCCGGCCGAAACGGUGUGAAGCGACGAAAUAUGCCUGUGGCGACAACGAGCUGUAUGACAGUGUAGGGUGUUAUCCAUCGACAACAACCAAGCCGAAGAAUCGCGACAUUGAUUUCAUUGAAAAUCCAAUCUACAUGUCGUUAUUUUCGCUGAGGAAGAAGCUAUCACUGAAGAAGAAAAAGGAGUCAGAUAAGGUUGCUGAGGCAAACAGUGUAUCAAAGGACUCUUCUAUAGCGGAUACCGAGGCGAAAACGGGUUGUUUACCUAAGGAGGAGAGCAAGAGCAUGGAGGAUCGUAAAGAGAUUCGACAGUCUUCAUCUGAUCUCUCACUUCUAUCAGACUUACCGAACUCUGUGCUGGAGAAGCCUCUUCCUGUGUUGGAGAAAUCUCUUCCCAUGCUGGAUAAAGCACUUCCAGUUCCCCAUGUGGUCCCCUCGCCACAUCCAAGUAACUUUGAGGAGAGGUAUACCCCCGCCCCUUGCAGGAGCGCUAUACCUAGUGUUGACAGCUUGACGCCACCAGUUUUGUAUGAUGAGCUUGAAAAAGUUGUGGAAAUCGCAGAAAUUCCGGAGAUUGCUGAGGGUACAGUAGAACUUGUUGCUUUGGACAACGACAGCCAGGCGGGUGAGCAAUUCAACAAAACGACUGUGGCUUUCUUCGGUGACGUUUUGCUUCAUUCUGGCAAGAAGGAACGUAAAAAGGCACAUGCUCGCCUCAGAGCAAUGAAGAUUAGUUUCCAUGAUGACGACACGACGGAAGAUUGUCUGGCUGGUCCAUUCUCGCUGCUCGGAUGCGAAUUGAUCUGUCGAGAAGAGAGUACUAUUACUAUAAGACUCAAUGAAAGAGAAGCGACCAAGUCGGUGGUUUUCACUACUGAGAAAGAUGUCGAAACGUGGAUGUUAUUGCUUGGCGAGUGCUGGUUGUCGGAAUACGAGCUGUUACGGUCAAGUGUGCAAGAGGUCAAUGCCUGUGGAACGUUCUGGUUGCGUCAAGGUGCAACGAGUGAAUGGAUGUACGCAGCGGCAGGGCUACAUGAAAGGACUAUGUUCUACGUGCUGCUCGAUUCACCAGACUACAUCUAUGAAUUAGAUGUUCGGAAGGUAUUAUUGUUGCGGGAGCGCGUCGAUAAAACAGAAUGGUGCCCAAAAUGCAAAAAGAAAGACCAAAAGGGUCCGUUCCUGAUCUCUCUGGAAGGAUGUGCUCUGUACCUAGAGUGUUGUGACGAUCUUGCUACAACGAAGUGGUAUUCUGCUAUUCAAGAGGCGCUCGCUAUGGCACCCACGGUUCUCGAAGAUUAUCGACUGACUGCAGAUAAUAUUCCCAUCCUGGUCGACAAGUGCAUUCGCUUCAUUGCUGCUUACGGUAUUCGCUCCGAGGGCAUUUAUAGAAGAAAUGGCAAAAUUACAGAAGCCAAGGAUAUCUACAAAGGGCUCACAGAAGAUCCGGUCAAAACGCACAUCGUGUUAUCCGGAGAGGAGACCGUUUAUGCAGUUGCCGAUGUGUUACGGCAGUUUUUCCGACGGUUGAAGUCGCCACUCUUCCCUCCUACGCUUCACAAGCAAAUAUUCAACUUGGUUGAGGCACGUUCAACUGCUGACAACACGAUUCGAUACCAAGAAUAUCGUCGUGUCCUGCAACAGAUGCCGUCGGUUCAUUAUCACACACUGAGGAAGCUAAUUGCGCAUCUCAGUGAAGUUGUCAAGUACCAAGAUGUGAACAAAGCAAGUGUGGAGAACGUGGCAAAGGUGUUUGGACCGUCUUUGUUCGAAAUAAACGAUGACGAAGACAAACGUUACGAGGAUACCGCUGGACAAAUCGGCGCCAUAAUCGACUUGAUAAAUGGAUAUGACGUCAUUUUUGAGGUCACAAGCCGUGAGGAAAUCUGUCGUGCUAUGGUUGAACAGGCGCAGAUGAACAAAACUACGAAUCCCAAUAUUGCUCGAGCGGAUGGACUACUGGUUCCAAUUCAUGUGUGGGAACGGGAGAAUAGACCGUUUAACGUAAAAAUAGACCUUGCUGCCGAGGAAGUUUGCCGCAAAGCGGUUGCUCGUAGAGGAUUUGAUGCACCACAAGAUGGGAACUAUGCUAUUUUUGAGGUCAUUCUCUCUGGCACCUUGUCACGCCGACUUCCGCCUUUUGAAAAGCUAUCCGUUUCUGUGCUAGACCACUGGUUGCCGUGGCAGUGCACCGAUGGAUAUCUCCUCUUUGACCAUGAUAAUUGGCCAUAUGAUGGUAACGAAAUUGAGUUCUACACCGGUAAAGUGAAAAUAGCAGAACCUGGUUCGAAGACGUUCCAUUCAUAUGAGGUCUCUGUGGAAGGCGGUGUCAAGAUCACUGCUUGCAAACAUGACAAGUUGUGGAAAGAGUGGGUCGUAGCCGACUCUGUCUUCUAUUCUGGAUGUAGCGCAAACAGAAAGGCACCUAAUGCGCAUAAUGUGACCAUACUUGAUAAGAAAACAGCGUCUAUGACAGAAAAGCUGGUCGGAUACUGUAUUUCGUUUCGUCUGAUGCCAGAGAGGACUCGCUUCCUGAAUAUGAUUCAGUUUAUUGAGACCGGUGGUCAACCACCUCCUCUUGUACAUUUGUAA